AUGGUAACAACAAAGCGUUUUAUUCAACUUAGGCAACUAAAAAGUAUCAACCUCAGGGAAAGUCUGUCACACAGAACGUAUCUCGAUUAAUCUUUCCCUUCAGGCGACUAUAACUUAUUGCAAACACAAUAAAAGCCAACAGCUUUGCUCUGACACGAGCCCGCCCGCCUCCACUCCCCCUUCCCCUGAAGCGUGUGCUGUCACGUGACGCCUCAUCCCUUCUCGCUGUAGGAAUCUCCCGCCUGCCAAGCUAUUUGGAGACUGCGCGGCAGGAGAAGCACGUGGGACAGAGCGCGGCGGAGGGAUUUUUCUUGGGAAGAGUCCCACUAUGGCAGACGCUGAUACAAGCAGGGAUUCUAUGAGUUCUCAAGAACAGCCAGAACCUGCAGAUCUGACCAUUUGCUCCACAAAAAGAAAUCAGGAGGACGACAUAAACAAUGAGGGUUUUCAGCAGCACAAGGAGGACUCAAAGCACAUGGAUCAAGUGCCCCCUCAGGGAGUUUUGGAAAAUGGAGAAGAUACGGUGAGGAUCAAAGAUGAAUUCUGCUCUGUCAACAAGGAAUCAAUGGAGGUGGAAUCCAUGGACCCCCCAGAGAGAACAGACGUUGCAUACGACUAUGGCUCCGACUGUGCUCCGUAUGAUAGCAUCCAACUGGCAAGACAAUCUGCUCCAUUUGAUAUGAGCAGGCCUGGCCUGGCAAAAUUAUACUGUGACAUCUGUGGGUUGGCCUGCAACAGCCUCAAUGUAUUAUUGGUACAUAAGAGAAGCCACACUGGAGAGCGACCGUUCCAGUGCAAUCAAUGUGGGGUGUCCUUCACCCAGAAGGGGAACUUGCUCCGACAUGGCAAGCUACACACCGGGGAAAAACCUUUCAAAUGCCAUCUUUGCAGUUACGCUUGCCAAAGACGAGAUGCACUCACUGGGCACCUGCGCACACAUUCAGUGGAGAAGCCGUACAAAUGUCAAUUGUGUGGACGCAGCUACAAGCAGCGCAGUUCCCUGGAAGAGCAUAAGGAGCGUUGUCGCAUUUACCAGCAGAACCUCAAUGACUCUGUAACAGCAGCAAGUGAGGAAUCCCGGCCGCCCAAGACAGAGAUGGGGAGUGAAAGAGCUUUGGUUCUGGAUCGGCUAGCCAACAACGUGGCCAAAAGGAAGAGUACAAUGCCUCAAAAGUUCAUCGGACUGAAGCAACCAUGCUUUGAACUUUCCUACAACGGUUACUUGUAUGAUAAGGAGCAUGACAUGAUGGCAGCAAGAAUAAUGGAACAAAAUAUAGGAGGCACCAUGGCCUAUUUGAACCCUGAAGUCUUACGUCCUAUGGUGCACACGCCAUCCAUUCCCACUGCUGAAAUGGUGUCUGUUAUUAGCAGCCUGUGCCCAGUGCCUCUCACACGCAUGGAGAUACCUAAUGGCCACUUCUCUGGACAUCUCAUAAAAGAGAAGAGUUCGGUGCCUGAAAGGGUUGGUUCCCCUAUCACCAACGCUCAGGACUCUACUGAUACUGACAGCAGUCAUGAAGAAAGGUCCUCCUAUCCCACUAACCUAACUGUUACUUCUAUGCGAUCAAGCAGUGUAGUUGAGCCACCCAAACAGAUCUCUAGAGCCUGUGAAAACACCAAGCCAACUGGGCAGUUCCAACGAGACCAUAUUAGGGUGCUCAGUAAGGAAGGCUGCCCCCUGGGGGUGUACCGCUGUGACCACUGCUGUGUUCUUUUCCUGGAUUACGUCAUGUUUACUAUCCACAUGGGAUGCCAUGGAUUCCGAGACCCCUUUGAGUGCAACAUGUGUGGAUAUCGCAGCCAGGAUCGCUAUGAAUUCUCAUCCCACAUUGCCCGGGGGGAGCACCAUCUGGGAAUGAAAUAGCAUAUUUUUAAAGUGUAUAUAUUUCCAAGACCAAAACAAUGAUAAACUGGUUCUGAAAAUGGGCUUGUUCCUCACUGUUCAAAGCAGCUCCGUGUACAGACUAAACUUCUAGGUUUUUUUCCAUCAGAUGGAGAUCAGUUGUAAAAAUGGGGUAUGCCUUAAAGACAUCAGGGCCCCUCUAAGUUCAAUAUAAAGACUUAACUUCUAGGUUUCAUCUACCAGAUGGAGAUCAGUUGUUCAUGUGGGACAUGCCUUAGAGCAGACAAAGGGCCCCUUUAAGCUCAUAUCGUGGUUACAGAUACAUACAGUAAAACAUGGCCACCAUGAUUUAGUCUUAGAGAUAUCCAAGCAGAAAAAUAGCAUUUUUUGUUUCCAAAACUCACCCUGACUGUUCCUCUGAGCCUCAAACCCCACCAUCACACACAUGAACACUUCCAAUUGUACUGGAUCUGUCUAUGGUAACCCCUUGUGUUGUAAAGGAAAAUGUUGUAAUGUAAAGUCAUGUUCAGAAGUGGGAGAUCUUUAUGUGCUUGGAUUUAUCAACUGGAUAUUUUGUGGAAAGUCAAGUUAUACCUGCAUAGACUGAAUAAAUUGCUACAUAACUCUUCAGGCGUGCACCACAGAAUGGCCAAAGUCCUACUACUGUAUAACAGACUGGUUAAAGGGGCAGCCCCUUGUUCAACAUGACUUUGGUUGACAGGACUUGUAACUCCUCAAAUCUAUUAUUUUUCAGUUCUUAAGGGGCAAACUGGAACUAAAACUACUUUCACUUUGCAACCUGUGCUUCUUGCAGGCAACUGUGAGAGGCGGAAAGAGUUUUUUUAAUCCCCAUUCACAGACAUGUAUUGACUUCUGCUUAUCUAUAAACCAAUACACAUCAAUGGGGGCCAGGCAUGGGGGUGGUUACUCAGAUCUGUAUUUAGACAAAAUAAGCCAAUUCCAGGAAAAAGGGAGCAGGGGAAAGUGUAAAACAACACCGUGAUUGAUUAGUGCUUUAUAGUUAGAAUAAGAAUAAAAUAUGGAAUUUGUCUUACAAAAAAGAAUACAUUUUCAGUAGGUUUAUUUAUUUUGCGGAUGUUGAAAUGAAGACGUGUACAGAUGGGCACUUCCCCUUUAAUGUAGCAUUUGCUAAACCUCUUAUGUUUUUCAUGUUUUAGGAUAAGAACAAUAAAGAUUUUGUGCGAUUUAAACUUAAAUUUGUUACAUACUUUAUUAAAACAUGCAUAA